UAUUAUUGUUAUGAAAUAUACAAUUGCUUGCAUAGUGUUUUGCAUAGUUAACGUGUUUUGUUCACUAUUUCAAAUCAAUAAUUUUUCUGGAUAAGUAACUUAGGAGACGGAAAAGUGGGUAGCAUCAAUAGUAUCGUAUAUAGUAAUUUCGUAAUUGGUGCCGAGAGAAAUGGAGCAAUCAAGUGAACAGACUGAUCGAAAUCCAUUGGCAAAUUACCAAUUUUCUGCUGACGAAAUAAGAGUAUUGCGCGAAUGUAACUCUGAAUCUUUCUUUCAACGUUCUCUGCCUUUAGGAACUGCAUUAGGGGUUGGCGCAUAUUUGGCGGUGAAGAAUGGAUUUGUACAACGGGUUACUUUUAGAAUAGCAAUCCCCGAAUCCAUAGUAAAAAUAGGCACCGGCAUAUUACUACCACUUACGCGCAUUUGUUUGUUUGUUUGUUGUUUUUGUUGCAUUAUCGAAUGGUAGUUUUCAAAAGCGUUUCCACUCUCUAAAGAAGACAGAAAAAAAAAAUUAGAUACUUUUUUGUUUUUAGAGUAUCGCUUAACAAUUUCCAGCAGUAAUUGGAAGCAACUGGCAUUCCCAUUGCCUUGGUACCGUAUCCUCGUAGCAGAGAUGUCUUGGUGGAAACGUUCUCCAUGUUCGUCACUUACGGCCCUUCAAUUUUCGGGAAAAAUCCAGAUGAGAGUCCAGAAAGUGACCCAUUUUUUUAUAGGCAGUAAAUACUUCAGUCACAAGCUCUUUGCAAAUGUCAGCUUUCACAUUUCUAAGAAAAUUUUUAACAACGCCUUUAAUGGAACUUGAA